AUGGGGCGCGGCAAGGUGGAGCUGAAGCGGAUCGACAACAAGAUCAGCCGGCAGGUGACGUUCGCCAAGCGCCGCAACGGGCUGCUCAAGAAGGCGUACGAGCUGUCGGUGCUCUGCGACGCCGAGGUCGCGCUCAUCAUCUUCUCCACCCGCGGCCGCCUCUUCGAGUUCUCCACAUCCUCAUGCAUGUACAAGACACUAGAGCGGUACCGCAGCUGCAACUUCAACUCCGAGGCAACUGCAACUCCGGAGACUGAACAAAGCAAUUACCAGGAGUACUUGAAGCUGAAGACAAGAGUUGAGUUCCUACAGACAACUCAGAGAAAUCAUCUUGGCGAGGACUUGGGCCCACUUAACAUGAAGGAACUUGAGCAGCUUGAGAACCAAAUUGAGAUAUCUCUCAAACAUAUCAGGGCGACAAAGAGCCAACAGUCACUUGAUCAGCUCUUUGAGCUCAAGCGCAAGGAACAACAACUGCAAGAUGUUAAUAAAGACUUACGGAAGAAGAUACAAGAAACUAGUGUGGAAAAUGUGCUGCAAAUGUCUUGCCAGGAUGUUGGACCUAGUGGGUCUAGUGGCCAUGCUAAUCAAGCUAAUCAACAGGAGUAUUUUCAUCAUGAUUGUGACCCUUCCCUGCAUAUAGGGUAUCAACGAAAUUUCCUGGAUCAGUUGAACAAAGAAUGA